AUGAAAGUGUUUGGAAGCAUUCUGUCGUGUGACAGUCUUAACCUUCAAAAAGAAAUAGAUAGACUGAUUGGAAUGGGGGUGAGUGCACUGCACUUGGAUGUGAUGGAUGGGGUAUUUGUAGAUAAAAUAUUCCUAGGUGAGAGUGUAGUGAAUGAAAUUACCAGAAGGUAUAAAGGUAUUACAAUUGAGUGCCACUUAAUGGUAAGUACACCCGCAAAGACCAUUUCACACUUAGAUCUAGACCGGAUCGAUAGAGUAAUUAUACAUCAAGCAGACUCGCUGAGAGAUGUUUUAGCGUGCGUAAAGGCAAGUAGAUGCACAGUAGGCCUAGCAAUUGUUAAUACCGAUGAGUUACACAAGAUAAAUGAAAUAAAAGAUGCGAUGCACGAUAAAAUAGACAAAAUACUUGUUAUGGGUGUGCUGCCAGGAGAAGGGGGGCAGCCUAUGCGCUCAAACACAAAAUACUUACUGGAGUUAGCACAGAAAGAGCACCCAGAUUUAAUCAUAGGGGUAGAUGGGGGUGUAAAUAUGCACACACUCCAUGAAGUACAGAGCGCAAAUGAAGCAGUUCUUGGAUCGUGUUUAUUCAAUGAAUCAGCAGAGGAAACACUAGCACAUAUUACGAAGCAUUAUGGUGAAUAG